AUGGCAACUAAUUUUUCUGAUUGGCGAAAAUGUGUCAAAUACUUACAAGAAACGAAGGCACUUCCUAUGCUGGCUGAAAGUACAAAACGAUCGUUGGAUAUUGGCGAUCCUAACAUUGGAUACGAAGUUGCUAAAUACAUCAAAGAUGGAGUCAUUCUCUGCCGUCUCCUCAACAUUAUCCGUCCCAAAGCUCUUCCUAAAAUUAAUUUCAGUUCAAGACCCCAGAGAUCUGAGUAUUUGAAAUUUGUUAACCUUAAUCUUGAAAAGUUUUUAGCAAAUAGGAACUUAGUGACAUUUUUGAAUACUUGUGAAACAGUAUUUCAAAUGUCUAAAAAGGAUUUGUUCUUCCCAGAGGAUUUAUUAAACGAACAGAAUCUCAAAAAGGUUUUAUGCACGAUAUCAAAAUUGUCACAGACUAAUUUUUCUCAAGAAAAAUUUGGAAUGUCUCAGAUGUCAUCUCCGGCGAACAACACAGCUCUACCGGCAUUUUCACCGCCUCCUCCAAGACCCGGCUUUGAGAACACGAUGUACAGAAAAAGUUUACCAAAAGCAAAAUUUUUUGCUCACAGAAACGUGAAUGAUUUUAUGGUUGAUCCUGACGAAGAAGAAAUAUACAAAUCAUUUGUGGACAUCAAGAGACGGGAGUCUUGCGUCGAGUCGAUUUCUAAAAAGAGCAUGUGCAUCAAAGAACUCAUAACCACCGAACAGAAUUAUGUUGAGCUAAUGAGGGCGCUCAUCCAAAAUUUUUUGAUCCCAUUAAAAUCGAUAAUUCCGAAAGCUUCCAUUGACAUCAUUUUCUUCAAGAUAGAGGAAAUGUACGCGGUGCAUAAAGAGUUUUUAAAGAAACUCGAGAACACGCAAACGGAAAGCAGUCGCCUCUCUGUGGCCGAAUGUUUCAUAACGUGCAAGGAAUGGUUCCUUCUUUAUGGAGAGUACUGCGCUAACAUCACUGAUGCUCAGAACCAUUAUGCUGAACUUAUAAAGAACCCGAACUUUCAAAUGGCUUUCCAGACGUGUUACAAAGAAGAUACAGAUGAACAGCAAAGAAAGAUCCUCGCGAAAGCAAUUGAGGAAGUCGAACCAUGCUAUCAUAUAAAGUUUAAAUUAUUUAAGCCUGCCGGAGCUAAACUUCGAGAUUAUGGGAAGUUGGUGAAAGACGGCGAACUGAAAGUUAAAGAAUUUGAAAAAGAGUGGGCAACAUUCUUUUCUUACGCGGUCACACUCUCUUAUUUUUACAGGUGCACCAUAUUCUUAUUUGACACAAUUUUGCUUAUCUGCACCAAAACAAAGCAAGGUGAUUUAGUCGUCACAAGGUACUGUCUUCUUUCCAACUAUAAGAUGCAGCAGACAAAGGAUAAAAAUGGAAGAUCAUUCACAUUGACCAGCACUUCAACAAGCAGAGAUAAUGUCUUGAAAACUGCAACAUUCAAGGCUAAGGAUAAAAUAGAAAAGGAAGAAUGGGUUACAGCUAUUGAAACCUCAAAAAUAUAUUCCAGCACAAUAUCUCCUGCAAACACUCCAUAUAAUUUAAAAAUUCACACGUACAAUGUUCCAACAAUCUGCGACGUAUGCAAGAAACUGCUCAAAGGCAUAUUCUACCAAGGUUACCAAUGCGAAACACUCAAAACACACUUCCCAUUCACAAAAUGUUCUGAUAAAUAUUAUUUAACUGCGCAGCUCGAUCACAAGCCAAGUAUAGACGAAGUAUCAAAAUUCUUUCGCGACAGAGAAGAAAUGCUCGGUGCAUGGUAUGUAGGAGAAACAAAUAGGUCCGAAUCAAAUAAAAUGUUAGAGAACACGCCAGACGGUACAUUCCUUGUACGCAAAAAGUCAUACGACACUUACGUCAUCGGCGUCAAAUGGUCAAACAGUAAUUCACUCAAAUGCAAUGAGCCCUCCUGGAUAAAGAUUAAUAAGGAACUACACCAAUACUUCAUUGAACCUUGUAAUGCUUUCAACACUGUGAAAGAAUUGGUACAAUUUUACGAAAACGUGUCGCUUGGGCUAGCUUUCACAGAAUUGCCAACAAAAUUACUGUUUCCCUACAACAAACUAAUGGAAACAUUAAAAAGAAAUCCUGAAAAACCCCUCAACUUGUGCAGAGCAGCCUUCUCUUACAAACCAUCUCGCAAAGACGUGGGCAAAUUACCUUUUGAAAGAGGGGACAUCAUUAACAUACUAAACACAAAUGUCGGAUACGAAGGAUGGUGGCAAGGACAACUUGGGGAAAAGACAGGGAUAACUUUCGUAAUCAUAGCCCGACUGCAAGAAACUGUCAGACUGCAUCAACGAAAACAAAAUAAAUUGAACGAUCAACAUAAACCAACAUAG